CUCGCUUCGACCAAUCGAUUAGUCGCAUAACGAUAGCGGCUUCUUAAAUGCAGAUGUGUCGUGUAUACUAACGUCAGUCGGCUAGCGGCAGGCGGCCGGAGCCCUGGAACAUGGCUCCUGUGAGCCGGUCUUACACGCACGCUCUCCUUUGUAGUGAGUGUAACGUUCGACCGGUAUAAGCGGUUCGCGGUUGAAUGUGAUGUGUGAUCUCACAUUUUCUGGCCAGUGAGAUGUAACGUUAAUUAUUGGCGGACGUAUUCAUUCAUGGAACUUUUUAAAAACUACUUCCAACUUACGAAAACGGCCUAAAACGUUAAGUUUCGUAUAGAAGCGGACACUCGAUUAGUGCUCAAAUUUAAUUAUGAAGUGAACAAAGAAAGGAUUGUAUCCGGAAAGAGGGGUGGGGGGACCCCGAUGUAGAUAUCUUAGCGAGGAUGGAGCUCGUGGUGACGGCAGCUAGCUCGCUGCUAGGCUUUCUGCUCUACUACAACACCUUGGAUGCAGGAUUCGUUUAUGAUGACAGGCGGGCGAUUCUCUCCAAUCCGGACGUCAUCGGGCACACACCUAUUAACGCGUUAUUUGAAAACGAUUUCUGGGGAACACCGCUCACGGACCCUGGUUCUCACGGCUCGUACAGGCCGCUGUGCGUCGCUACAUAUCGACUCAAUUAUGCUUUCAGUGGAUUCAAACCGUGGAGUUAUCACUUCCUCAACGUAAUAUUCCACUGCACAGCGACAGCGCUAGUUGUCGUGACUGCACGUCGCCUCUUGCCAGCAUCCUGUAUGAGAGUGGGAACUGCCGUCACUGGCAUCGUAUUUGCUGCACAUCCAAUACACACUGAGGCAGUAGCCGGAGUAGUGGGUCGAGCAGAUCUGGCAGCGUGCAAUUUGUUUCUAUUGAGUUUCCUUCUGUACAGCGAGCACAUACGACUGCGUGAGCAACGACACAAGAAACAAUGUCGGCAGCUAGUAAAAGACAAUCUGAUGCGACGACAAAUCACGUCUAACGAUCCGCCGUUUAGACUGAGUUGCCAUAGUUUGGUACAGCACAUAAUGAUGAAUGUUCGUAAGCUGUUAAAGGCGAGUAAAGCGGGGCCUAUGAAGAUGUUGAAUGCUUGUGAGGUUAACGGCGCAGUGCGACUUAAGUGUCAGUUCAGUGGUGGUGUCAGUGAGGACUCAGGUGAACUGUUGCAGUGGCUGACGCUGGCGGGGACACUCACGUUCGCCGCAGCCGCCACUCUGUGCAAAGAGCCGGCCAUAAUGGUCCUGCCUCUUUGCAUAUUCUAUGACUUUCUUAAGGGCACUCGCUACGAGGAACCGUACUAUAAGGUAACGUAUGACGAAGUUACUGACCCACAUCGAAAACAGAAUUAA